AUGUCGUCCGAGAUGCCCUGCGGAUGCGCGCCGCGUGCGGUGCAGCGGCGCGAACACUCCUCCCGCGGAAGCGGCGUCAGGGUCGGCCCCGUCGCCGCUGCUGCUCAAGACCAACCUGAGCGCCGUGCCGCUGGAGGAGUGUCGCGCGCUGCACCGCACGGCGACUCCGGGGGGCCGCUGCAGGUGCAGGAGCAGCCGCGCAGCGCCGUCUUCACCGUGGUGGGCGUCACCAGCUUCGGGCCGGACCCGUGCGGGGGCAAGAAGCCGGGCGUCUACGUCCGCGUCGCCAACUACGUGCCCUGGAUCGAGAGCGUCGUCUGGGAGUGAGCCCGCUAUCACUAUGAAGAACUUGGACAUUGUGUCCCUUGCAGAGACAAAUGAAUGUUUUGAUCAAACGAUACUCGGCGAUUCCCUCUUAACAUUAGAGCGCACCCUGGCACGUUGAAGCGUUGCUUCGACUUAGGUUCUUAGAAGAUUCGAACCGCAUAAUCGCAUGGCUGUCUUGCCGAACGUGUUCACAUAUGCCCGUUCCAAAUGGAGCAAUAAAAUGCUGGGUCUUGCAGAUAUGACAACUUCAAUAGGUUUAAAUGACUCGAAAGUUGUUUCGGUUGAAGGUCUAGCUGUCUACCCAACAACUUUCUGUUUUUCGUGGGUAAAAUUCAAAUUGUAUACAUUAGUAAAAUUCAUUUGAUUUUACAAUUAUAUAAUACAAUUUCAAAGAGAUAAUUAAAAGUCAGUAUUGAAAGUAAUUCAUCAUUGACACUAUAUUCAAGUAUCUCAAGGAAAUUGUAAAUUCUAAAUGUUUUCAAAAGUGUUAAACGCAAUUUAGAAAAUAUUUAGUAAUAUCGUUGAUAAUACUAAGUACUAUUGAAUAACCAGAAAUGCCCUGAGCAUCUUUUACGUAAAUAUGAAAUCCUCCUCCUCAGGAAUAACAUUUCAUGAGAAUAUAGACUGAUUUUCACCACAGAAGUAGAAGUCUGUGCCAAAUACAUAGCUGUUUCAAAACAAUUUUGUGACAUAAUUCAUAGUAUUAUUUUCAUAAACAUUUCAAAUUGUUAUUCUGUUUUACUCAUGUGACUUUAAGUUAAUCACAUUUAAGUUAAUCACACUGUACUGUAAAUAUGAAAUAGUAAAAUGUUUAUUUAUGGUAUUUUGCCACUAAUUUGACUCACCUAAGAAAUAUCACAAUGUAUACUACACAUCGUCAAUUAUAUUUACAAUAUUUAUAAAAUAGCGCGCACUGUAUUUCUACAACGCCUAUAAUUACCAACAAAACAAUAUCAAAUAUUUGAUUCCUAUGUUGUGUUGGUUUUCAUUUUAUGAAGUGUAAUGACUUGAAAUUAUUAAAGAAAAAAAUAUAAGUAACAAAAAGUAUACA